UAAAAAAUAUCAGACUAAUUGUGAUUGACUUGUAAAAUGUUAAAAGCUUUAAAAGACUUCAAGGAGUUAAGUGUGCUCCUUCUCCUUCACUUGCUUUUCGCCACGCUAAUCGCGCAAAGCGAUUGUCUUGGAAUUCGAUUUGCUCAUCGAUAUAACCGUUUCACAGAAGGAGCAAGAAAAGUGUCAGGACUUGGGCGCUCGUUAGAUUCAAAGGAUUUGUGGUUUGAGCAGCGAUUGGAUAACUUCGCUCCCGAGGACACUCGCACGUGGCUGCAACGAUAUUAUGUGAACGAUCAACACUAUCGCAAUGAUAGCCAGGCUCCAGUGUUCUUGAUGAUCGGCGGCGAGGGCGAGGCCUCCGAACAGUGGAUGGAUGAAGGGGCCUGGAUACAUUAUGCUAAGCACUUUGGAGCAUUGUGCAUACAGCUGGAGCAUCGCUACUAUGGCAAGAGUCAUCCAACGAGCAAUCUUUCCACCAGCAACUUGGCCUAUCUGAGUUCAGAGCAGGCUUUGGCUGAUUUGUCUAAAUUUGUGAUUGCCAUGAAGGUCAAGUAUAAAUUAGCGGAUACCCAAAAGUGGAUUGCAUUUGGUGGCUCGUAUGCCGGUUCUUUGGCUGCCUGGGCACGAGAGAAGUAUCCCAAUUUAAUCUACGGUGCCAUUAGCUCGAGUGGUCCUCUGAUGGCCCAAGUAGACUUUCAGCAAUUCUAUAUGCUGGUUAAGGAGUCCUUGGGCAGCUAUAACCCGCACUGUGUGAAAGCUGUCAGAGACAGUUUCGUCAAACUCGAGAAUCAACUGAGAGACCAAAACAAACUUAGCGACCUCGAUGCUCAGUUCAAAACUUGCACGCCUUUGAAAGACUCCAUUCAAAAUCCAUUGGACAUUGCGAAUUUCUUUUAUAAGCUGGCUGAACACUUUGCCUCUGUUGUGCAGUACAACCCCAUGCUAAUCCCGAUCUCAGAAAUCUGCGAUGUUAUGGUGAGUAAUAGGAAUGGUACGCUGGUGACACGAUUGAGCAACAUAAACAACCGUUUGCUGAAUAAAACGGAUACAACUUGUCUGGACUACAAGUAUGACAAGAUGAUAUCCGAUAUAAAGAACGUUUCCUGGGACUCGGCAAAUGCCAUUGAAGACUCACGCCAAUGGUUUUACCAAACUUGCACCGAAUUUGGCUUCUAUCAAACAUCCGCGAAAAAAUUAGAUCUAUUUAGCGAUCGCUUUGACGUUGACUUUUUCAUACGCCAAUGUAUGGAUGUGUUCUCCAAUCGCAUGGAUUCGAACUAUUUGGAUCAGGUUGUUGGCCGCACCAAUAAAUAUUAUGGCGCUCUCAAGCCGGAAACCACACAUGUUCUUUACGUGCAUGGCUCCAUUGAUCCGUGGCGUGCGUUGGGUCUGUAUGUCUCUGCAAACCCCAAGACGCCCACUAUUUAUAUCGAAGACACCUCACAUUGCGCCAACAUGUAUGAGCCAUCGAGCAGAGAUCCGCCUCAGCUUAAGGAGGCACGCAACAAGAUACUUAACUAUCUGACCAGAUUACUCAAAGGUCGAGCAAAACAUGGCUUGCAAUCUAAAACUAAAUCAUAUUUUCUAAACUUGUAAUUUACUCAAUAUGUUUCGAAUAUGCUUAAAAUGUAAGAAUAUACAUUUGUUAUUUUUUUAAGAUAUUGCUUAUUGCUUUUUUGAUCGUAGAUCGCCUAUUUUCGCAUUUUAUGGUUAUUAAUUAUAGAUGAACAGUUUUUUCAUAGCCACCAAACAUUUCAUUUAUCAUUUUUAGAGCUUUUUCGCAAUGGCGAUCUUGUUUCCCAGAAGAAAAAUGACUGCUUGUCCAGCCGGGUGUUGGCGGAC